UUUUGAGUUUGAGAUGUCUCUGGGACACCUCAUAGGCAGCUGGUGACUUGAGGGUCAAGGAAGAGACUAGGGCUCCAUCUAUAGAUGUGAGAGUUAUCUGCACAGAAAUGAUGAUUAACAUCACAGCAGAACUCUUCUGGGGAGUACUAUCCUGGCUUCCAUGAAAUAUUCAGCCUCUUCACGUUCUGGGCCCACCAUUGGCAACAUGGCUAAACGCACCAAGAAGAUCGGAAUUGUUGGUAAAUAUGGAACACAUUAUGGUGCAUCCCUCAGAAAAAUGGUGAAGAAAAUUGAAAUUAGCCAGCAUGCCAAGUAUACCUGCUCCUUCUGUGGCAAGACCAAAAUGAAGAAAUGGGCUGUGGGUAUCUGGCAUUGUGGAUCCUGUAUGAAAACAGUAGCUGGUAGUGCAUGGACCUACAAUACCACCUCUGCAGUUACAGUCAAAUCCGCCAUCAGAAGACUGAAGGAAUUGAUGGACCAGUAAAAUCAAACAUCUAUAGCCUAUAGUCCAACA